UGGCUCUCCAGCGGCAGGGCUCUGGCUCCGCGGCUCCGCUCCCCCGCGCUCCCCUUCGCCGCCUGGCUCCUGCUCAGCCCCCUGUGGGGCCAGAUGUCUCUGGCGUCCUCCUUCCUGACAGGAUCUGUUGCAAAAUGUGAAAAUGAAGGGGAAGUUCUACAGAUCCCAUUUAUCACAGACAAUCCUUGUAUAAUAUGCAUUUGCCUGAAUAAUGAAGUGACAUGCAAACGAGAGAAGUGUCCGGUGCUUUCCAAGGAGUGUUCUCUGGUCAUUAAGCAGAGAGGAGCCUGCUGUGAGCAAUGCAAAGGUUGCACUUUUGAAGGAAACACCUACAACAGCUCCCUGAAAUGGCAAGCCCCAGCUAAUCCAUGUAUUGCAUAUCAAUGUCAGGAAGGAGUGGUAACAGAAUCUGAGAUGCAGUGUGUUGUUCAUUGCAAAAACCCUUCUGAGCUGCCGGGAAUGUGUUGCCCCACCUGUCCAGGUUGUAUAUUUGAAGGUAGACAUUACCAUGAAGGGAAGGAAUUUCAGCCUGAAGGAAACAAAUGCACCAAGUGUUCUUGUAUUGGAGGCAGGACACACUGCGUACAAGAAGUCUGCCCCAUUCUGUCAUGUCCCCAGCAUCUCAGUCACAUUCCUUCUGGACACUGUUGCCCCAAAUGUUUAGGCCAGAGGAAAGUGUUUGACCUCCCAUUUGGAAGCUGCCUCUUUCACAGUGAUGUUUAUGACAAUGGAUCCUCUUUCGUUUAUGACAACUGCACUAUGUGUACCUGUAGGAAUUCUACAAUGGUAUGUAAGAAGAAGUGCUCACCUCCUGGAGAAUGCAAUAAAAGCAAGGAACACUGCUGCAAAGAGUGUGUCUCAUAUGUCUCUCCUGAGGAACUGAAAGUGUGCAAAUUUGGGAAUAAGAUCUUUCGGGAUGGAGAGAUGUGGUCCUCUGUUAACUGCACCAUCUGUGCUUGUGUGAAAGGCAAGACAGAGUGUCGCAAGAAGCAGUGCAUUCCAGUCAACAGCUGCCCUCAUGGUAAGAUCCUGAACAGAAAAGGAUGCUGUCCUAUUUGCACUGAAAAGCCUGGAGUUUGCACUGUAUUUGGAGACCCCCACUACAACACUUUUGAUGGAAGGACAUUUAACUUUCAGGGAACAUGUCAGUACGUUUUGACAAAAGACUGCUCCUCCUCUGCCUCGCCCUUCCAGGUGCUGGUGAAAAACGAUGCACGUCGGACCCGUUCUUUCUCUUGGACAAAAUCUGUGGACCUUGUGUUGGGCAGAAGCACUAUCAGCCUCCAGCAGCACCUCACAGUGAAAUGGAACGGGACCCGGAUAUCGCUGCCUUGUGAGACUCCUCAGUUUCAGAUCGACUUGGAUGGUUACUUGCUGAAAGUGACAACCAAAGCAGGCUUGGAAAUCUCCUGGGAUGGAGACAGUUUUGUCGAAGUCAUGGCUGCACCUCAUCUGAAAGGCAAACUCUGUGGCUUGUGUGGCAACUAUAAUGGGCACAAGAGAGAUGACCUGGUAGGAGGUGAUGGGAAUUUUAAGUUUGAUGUGGAUGACUUUGCUGAGUCCUGGCGUGUGGAGUUGAAUGAGUUCUGCAGUCGCCCACAGAAGAAACCUGUACCUGAACUGUGCCAAGGAACAGUGAGGGUAAAACUUCGGGCCCACAGGGAAUGCCAGAAACUCAAGGCUUGGGAGUUUCAGAAUUGUCACUCAACGGUGGAUUAUACUACGUUCUAUCGGUCCUGUGUAACAGAUAUGUGUGAGUGUCCAGUUCAUAAAAAUUGCUACUGUGAGUCAUUCCUUGCCUAUGCCCGAACCUGUCAGAGAGAAGGGGUGAAAGUCCAAUGGAAACCUGAGCAGCACUGUGCAGCAACCCAGUGUAAACAUGGUGCAGUGUAUGAUACCUGUGGCCCUGGAUGUGUCAAAACUUGUGACAACUGGAAUGAGAUUGGUCCAUGCAAUAAGCCGUGUGUUGCAGGUUGCCACUGUCCAGCAAACUUCGUUCAUCACAAAGGAAGAUGCAUCAAGCCAGUCCUCUGUCCACAACGGUGACGUUAGUUCUAAAUCCAAGGACUAUAAUAUUGGUAUCUUUGAUACCUUUGAAGCUCACAGCCAAUGAAGGACUGCACUGUUUGUAUGCAGAUUCUGCAAAAUACACACAUACUCAAUGUUUGUGUAUAUAUGUGAGUGUAUGUAUAUGUAUAUUUAUGUGUCUAUAUAUACACACACAGGCACAUAUAUACAUUUAUUUAUAUAUACACACACAAAUGUAUAUACAUUUAUUUAUAUAUAAAUGUAUACUGUGUGUGUGUAAAUACACAUCUGUACACCAAAUAUAAAUACAACAUAUACAUAUAUAUAUAUAUACACACACACAGAGAGAAAUAUACAUCAUUUAUGUAAACAAUAGAAGGAUGAAUUAUUUUAUGUAUAUUUUUUGCUAUAAACUUUAUGUAUUAUUUGUAGGAUCCUAAUCUGUAAGCGAUUUGAGUCGUUGUACAAAUAAAACAGGUGUUUUUAAUACAAUAUAGUGGCAUGAAAACAUUGGGUGACUUUGCCAUUGCAUCAACUUGUAGUUUCCCAGGAAAUUUUUCUAGGGCCAUAGCAUUGCCAGACUGGAUUAUCUUCAACAGAGAACCUGGAUUUACAGUUGUAUAGGAAAUACUUUUCUCUGGAGAUGGAGGAUUUAUCUAGGAAUAUUUCAUGUGUACCUCAGAGCUGACUAGUGAUUGGUGACAGUGUUUAAUGGUGCAGAGAAAGCUAGGGAUUGGAUUUUAUGCUUAAUUGAAUCACUGUAUAAAAUGACUUCCAAAACUGGAUUGGCCAACUGCCAAUAAAGAGAGAUUUGUUUUUGGAACAGAACCAAAGAAUCAAUGGCCAGAUUCUCAAAAGUGUUCAACAUGCAGCAGCUCCCAUUGAAAAACUGACCUCUUAUCAUUUAAUAAAUUAAAUAUCCUAUAUGUGUUGUUAUAUUUGGCAUUAACUGGGAAUGAACAGUAAAGAACCAGGGAAAAAAACUUUCGCCCCCUUACCAUGUUUUAAGCCACUGGUUUUGUUUCAUGCAUUCUUAGAAAUAUUAUUGGAUAAACAAAACUUAAAUAUUGUGACGUAAGAUGCAAUUUGAUUUUGCUGCAGCUUGAUACUUAAAAUAACCUUGGCUCCCUUUUUUAGUAACACAUUUCAUUGGUCAGCAUGUUUAGAACCCAAAGGCAAAUUCUCCUAAAGAACAGUGUAGAAAAUGUUAAAUGAUAAAUGCCAGCA